AUGUCCGACAGCGACACGGCCUUUCUGCGCAUCCAGACAUGGGGGCUGUCCCUCGCGAGCGCGGCAUUCGGGCUGUACCUCGUCUCAUGCCCGCCGUGCUUCCGCGUGCUCUUUCUCUCCCGCGAGGACAAGCGGUGCGGCACGUUAUGCAAGAUAAAGUGGCCCGUGCUUGUUCUUUUUGUGCUGUUUCUGGCCAAGACGACGUCCUCGGUGGCGCUACACCUUGUGCAGAACCUCGAGGUUGCUGCGGACCCGUUGAGCAUUUCCCGGUAUACGUAUACGACAAACCUCAUCGAGAUCGUCCUCGGGAGCGGCUUUCUCGUGUACCGCUCCUGGCUGACCUUCCAGCGCAGCCUCCGCGUCGUGCUGCUCUCCGCGCUCCUUUGGGUAGGCGGCACCGUGGUCAUGUGUCUCGUCGUGCGCGUCGACCGGGUGGACGCGGUAGACGGCAUCCUCGCCCAAUCACGCAGGCUCGGUCUCGUCUUCUGGGCAUUGUUCGUCGCCCUCAACGUCUUCGCCACUGGCGCAAUUGCUUACCGCAUCCUUGUGCAAAGCGCGCAUACGGACGAGUUGUACGGCGCACACGAAAGCCUGAUGGCAGAAGGCACCCAAUCCACCAGCACGUCUCCCGCGAAACGCACAGCCCCGCCGCCGCUGAUACUUCGAGUUGCAUCCCGGACCGGGGCCGGCCGCACCCGGGCCGGGAUACUGAAGCACGCCGCGAUCGAGUCGUGCCUGCUCUCCACGCUCGUCCUUCUCGCGACCUUUGCGCUCUUCGCGGCCGACACCGAGGCGGUAUACGCCGCCAUCGACGUCCUCGUCCAGGCCAUCGGCAUCGCGUUCAACCUUGUCGUCGCGCACGACUGCCGCCCCGGCGCCGCAUCCGCCGAUCCCCGCUCUCCGUCCGCCCGGGCCGGGACCGACGCGCACGAGCUGCACGCGUUCGCGCGGCCCGUGCGCACGCCGCUCUCGCUCGUGAGCAGGCAGAGCAGCGGCAUCGACUUUGCGUUCCCGCGCGUGUUUGAUCCGCGGCGGCCCGCCCCUGCGCCUGCCGCUCAGCAGCCGCAGCGGCAGGACAGUCUCGGCCGCAGCACGCGGACGGUGUCAAGCGCGCCGCUGGAGGAGCUCAGUGUCGGCAUCGGGAGUGUGGACUCCGGGGCGACGGACUAUGGCGUGCCGGUGGAUAGAUGA